CGAUGAAGCUAUCCCUCCAACAGCACGAUCACUUCGCCCAAGCUCGCUGUAUGUGUGUCUUCGCUGAUGUGCACAGAAAUAGAGGGGAUUGCGAGAGGGCGUUUCCUCGAUACGAGUCUGCGUUGAAUCUGAUGUCGGAUAUUGGUGAUCGCUUUGGUCAGAUAAUUGUUCUUGCCGGGAUGACCAAAGCAUUGAUUCAUAUGAAGCAACCCGAAAAGGCAAUAGAUUUCUGCAACAAGGCGAUGGAAGUCGCAACAAGUAUUGGCAAUAAGAUGUGCAUGCUGCGAUCAAACUGGACGCUUCACACGCUGUACCGAGCUAUAGGAGACAUGACGUCAUCGCAGCAACACGCCUGCAAGUUUGACCAAUAUCUUCAAGAGAUGGAGCUAUACUGUGGAGUGUGUCAUGAAGUCAUGGGCAACAGGGAGAAUAGUCUUAAGAGUCUCACUUGCUUUCACAUUUUUCAUUCAAGGUGCGUGGAGAACAGUACGUUCAAGACACGAGGCUGUCCAAACUGCAAGAAGACUUCCCACCUCUCAUCUCCAGUACGAGUAUAGCAUCAUCCAACACGACCAAGCACCACCUGCACCCAUCAAUGGGGUUAAAGUCCACCCCUCAUCCUCGCACCCCUCAAUGGGGGUAAACUCCAUCCCACUUCCUCCAGCAGCACCCCUCAAUGGGGGUAAACUCCACCUCACUUCCUCAGCGGCACUCCUAUAUGGAGAUGAAGUCCGCCCUUCUUCUUCCAGCAGCACCCCUCAAUGGGUGUAAAGUUGUCCCAUUAGGUCUUACACGAACUAUUGGCACCCCUCGAGGGGGUAAAGCUGCCCUCCCCCUCCGCUACAUCAUCUGACAUAACCAAGCAGCACCCCUCAAUUGGAUAAAGUUGACCCCUCCUCUUCUAUAUCAUUCAACCCUACCAUGCAGCACUCUUUAACAGGGGUAAAGUUGACCCCCUCUUUUACCCAAGCUGGUCCACACGGCAGAUCAGCACUCCUCAAAUUGGGGGUGAAUUCCAUCCCCUCUUCCUACAUUACAGCUUUUUACACAACCAAGCAGCAUAAGUUGGGGGUAAAGUUUACCCCCUUUUUCCAGCAGAUCCAAAUCAACCUAUAAUGUGAGAAUUCCUAACCACCAAUUAAGUUGUAAAUAAAUAAAGCGAUAUUUACCUUUUAUUUACAUAUGUUUGAUAUAACUUGUAAAAAAUAAAGCUAUGUAUUUAGUGUAAAUUAUGUGGACAUAUUUUAUACGCAAUUGUACUGUUACCGAUAACAUUAUUAUGCAAAGUAUUAUUGACAGUGCUAUGUAAAAAAGGGAAAAUAAACCCUGAUUAUUUUGCUACAAGCUGGGUUUAAUGUCUGAAUACUAGUUUUUACUGCAUUGCAAAACUAGUUAAUCAAAACCAACCAUGUAUCUAUAUAUUUAUGACAACAACAUGGAAGUGUUUAAACAAAAACAAGCACAGUUUGGUUUGGGAUUACAACAAAUAACAUGUAUUUAAACAACACCAGUCAUCAGUGUUAUAACAACAUCGGUUUGAUUCUAAACAGGGUUCUGUAACACAAAGGUUCGCAAUCGAUCUUACGCUUGAUUUUCAUGAUUGAUUGUACAGUGUAGCCAAUGGAAUCAAUCGUAGACAAUGUUCUACGAUCAUUGCUAAGUUUUGUGUCACGGGACCCAGGUGUUGUUCUGACAAACAUCUCUAGUUUGGUCUUAGAUGCUGGUUUAGGGUUAAAUGAACGCCACGUUUUUGUAGUACUUUUUGUCCUUUGCUAAGAUGUUUAUGGUGUAGUGUUAAUUAUAAUAACAGUGAUGAUGAUAUUGAUGAUAAGCAUGAUAAGCUUUACUGAGGAUAAGCUUUAUUGAUGAUAGUAUUGACGAGAAGCUUUAAUUUUGACAGUAUUAAGCUUUAAUUCAUAGCAAUUAGAUAUUAUGGUUAUUAUAAGUUACAUUGCGUGAAUAAGUCUUUGACUGUUGGCAUCUGGUUUUUAACUGGCUUAUGAGGGAAAUGGGCUUAGUAUGUCGCGCAUUUUGUAUGGACAUGGGAUCUUUCUUUUAGCAUGCAAACAUGCAUCUGUGCACUGUCAUACUUCGAAGACUUGAAAAAAACACGAUUGCUACCCAAUUAUCCUAGGAUUAUUUUCAUUAGACAAAAAUUAACAUAUUCCAGAACAAUCUCAUCUUUGUCUUUUUUGUUCACUUAUGACUCUUGUAAUUCGUCAACAUUUUAUUUCGUUUUCAAUGUUAUUACCUGAUCAUAAGCAAGCAAUAUCAGGUCAUUGUCUCGUAGAGUUAGGAUUCAAAUUUUAUUUCUCCUGUAUAAUUUUGAUGUUUUGACUCUUUCAUCAAAUGCCUCUAUUGUACACGAAUUGCAUAUCACAAUAAAUUAUUAAAAUAUCUUACAUGAUAUAAGACUUGCACGGGACAUAUCUUAUGAUUUCAGUAAUCAGUACUCAAUGUUGAAUUUGUACUACGCAUGUUUUAGGAUUUGUGGGAUUUUAUUUGACUUUUAAGUACUUUAAAAGCAUGGAUGUCUUAUGUAUAUGAGUUUAAAAGAAAUGGGAUAUGAGAAGGCAAAUCGCUUGAAUUGGUAAGGAAAAGGAGAAGUUAAACUAACCUCGUUUCGGAAGAUUCGAAUAUAUACUCUGAAUAAAAACAUGGUUGAAACUUUCAUGCUUUAUCCCAACAAAAUUUAUUUGAUGUCCGAAUAUUGUUAGAAUAAAGCGUGAAAGUUUCUACCUUUUUUUUAUUAAUCCAGCACGUGGGCUAUCUAGCCCUACUGAAUUUAUACUCUGAAUAAUACAUAUAGACGGUAACACUCUUGCCCGUGCUACUUUAAACUACACCAUAAUGUACGGUGUUGUCUAGUGCACAAGGUUUAUUGGUUAUUAUAACAAUAUGAAUAAGUUUAAGUUUUAUAAACUAUAUUUAAUGGGAUAGACAAUGGUAGUUCUAGACAGGAAGGAGACUGGACUUCAAGGCAGGAACUCUUCAAAGGUUUACACAAUGUUGAUCAAAAGGGAGCAAACACGUAUGUAGGGCAAAACAACGCCUAAUGCUGUGUAAAUUAUUUACGCAAUUUUGAUUAAAAAUUACCUAUGAAACGCGCUUUAAUUUAUUGUAUUGCCCACCAAAAUGCAUUUCCCCUUUUAACUCAAUAUUGGGCAACCUUAAACUCAACCUCACACGUGCUAGACUCCAUUUUUAUAAACUCCAUUUUCAUGAUCAUAUAUAUUUCGGUUUUGGUGCACAAAGUUUAUGUUAUACGUUUUUAUUAUUCAUAUUUUAUGCAUUUAUAUAUAACGAUGCAUUUGAGGUAAGAAAGGAAUAUGUCAUGACGUAUAGAAAAGGGUUAUUCUAUUGAAGGAGUGGUAUAUAGUGAAUGGUUUUCUUUUAACAAAAUGUCAUAUCUUGCCAAAUUCACGUUUCACACUGAUUUAGCGAUAAGGUUAAGAGGUUUUAAUAAAGUUUUAAUAAUGUAUUUUGUGUAUCAUUUUGUUUAAUGCAAGAAUUGCAUUGUCAUGUUAUAAUCAGUCACGAAAUUGCUUUUUCAAAGUUUAUUUUCACUCAAAGUUUUUUCCUGUAUGCCAUACCAUGUCUGAUUUUACAUUAUGCCUUUAGAAAGAUUUAGAAAUAACGAAUCAUCAUGAUCAUUAACUACGAAAAAUCGAAAACUGCGCACUAAAAGUGAUUUUCGCUUUGCUUCAGUAAAUCAAAACAGUAUAUUGCAUGAAAUGUGUCUUUUCCCAUUUGAUAUUUCUCUAAUGGCAUAUAAUGUUCUACCGAAUUGAAUAUAUUUAUUACAAUUGGGAAUGUCUAGUAUGACACAAAUAUAUGUUUAUUUCUGUUUGAACCAUGUUGGUAUUAAAAUGUUAUGGGUUUAUUUAUUUUUCACUAUUUGCCUAUAGGAGAGGCAUUUGUAAAUUUCACUGAAAAUAAGAUCAAACUGCACAUGGUUGAUAAUUGAUAAUAAAAGGAUGAAAUGUA